GAAUGGUGCUUUUCGUUUUCCUCAGUAAGUGUGAGUGCUCCUCCGCAUCUGAUGUGUAGUGAGGAAGUCGAAUCGGGCGAUUGAAUUGGUUUCGUGACCGGUGCGGCAAUGGCGAGUUCAGAUUGUUCUCAGAAAGCUGCAGAUCUAGUAGGAAUUUUUUGUUCGAAACUGGGAAAGAAUGCAGGAGCUGUUGAUGGUGUAAGUGGAAUUGGAGGUGUGUGCAGAGCCGUUGCAACCUCCGCGGGUGCAGUGAAGCUUCUCGGGACGACGGAGGAUGUGAAAUCCGAAGUCGAAAAAUGGCUCGAGCUUGCAGACGAGGUGUGCAAAGCGACGGAUGUGAAUGCGAAGCUGCAGGAGUUGAAUGCGCAUCUGGAGACGCGGUCGGUAUUUGCAGGCAGGGGUAUGGCCAUCACUGUAGCAGACUUAUCAAUGUUUGCUGCUGUUCACGAGAUUCUAGACGAGAAGAAAUAUGGAGAUUUAGAGAAGGUGCCACAUCUUUUGAGGUGGAUUGACUACAUCCAGGGUAAGCAGGCAGUGUAUCCGCAAGUACCUGUAAGUUUACCAGCUUUUAAUCCUCCGAAACCAGCUCCGCGAGCUGCCAAGCCUGUGAAGGAGGACGGUGCUGGUGGUGCCAAAUCUGGUAACGCAGCGGCAGAUGGCAAAAUCAAGGAAGAGAAGAAGAAGAAAGAGAAAGCCCCGGCGGUGAAGAAAGAGAGCGACACCUCCUUCAGCGUGUUAGAUAUCAGAGUAGGCGUCAUCAACAAGGUCUGGAAACACCCGGGAGCCGACGCAUUGUAUGUGGAAGAGAUUGACAUUGGUGAAGCUAACCCGAGACAAAUUGUUAGUGGCUUAGCAAAGUUUCUUACGGAAGAGCAAAUGUUGAAUCGGAAGGUGAUUGUUCUUACCAAUGUGAAGGCUGGCAAAGUUCGAGACGUCCUUUCUUCAGGUCUCGUAUUGUGUGCGUCCAAUAGUGAUCAUACACAAUGCGAGCCGGUUGUGCCUCCAUCGGACGCCAAAAUUGGUGAGAAGGUGACUGUGGCAGGGUUUGAAGGUGCCCCUGAGGAGGUUCUCAAUCCUAAGAAGAAGCAAUUCGAGAAGAUCCAACCGGAUUUGAAAACUGACGCUACUGGUGUAGCGUGUUAUCAAGGAGUUCCCUUCAUGCUUUCAGGAAAGCCUUGCACUUCAAGUAUAGUGAAUGCAAUAGUCAAGUAAUUAUACAGCGUUUUCUUCUUCUUCUUUUUGUCACGGAAACACAAUUGAACAUUGGUAUUGAUUUGCUAUUCUCCAUCCUUGACUUUAUUUCACUGAUAACCUUCCACUAUAUCUGCGCUUGCUUUUUGUGCUGCUCAGUGGUUGUGACUAGGUCACAAUCGUUGCAUUUCUGCGACGAGGAAAAUCUACUGGUGUGUAGAAACUUAGAUGGUGUUUCCUAAAGGUGAUUUAAGUUUGAAGGAGCUUUGUUGA